CAGGCCACCUUAUAAACUUUUAUAUUUUUUCAGAUUUAUUAUUGACAAUGUGCGUGGGAGGUGCCAACUCUGCGCUCAGGUUCAAUAUAGUGGCAAAAUGUUCGACUAGUAGAGCUAGAGUUGCAGAAAUGCAGCUCCCACACUCUUUGGUUGAUACACCUGUGUUUAUGCCGGUUGGGACUCAAGGAACUCUUAAAGGAAUUGUUCCUCAACAACUGGAAGCUCUAGACUGCAGAAUUAUGUUGGCGAAUACAUAUCAUCUUGGAAACAGGCCAGGUGAGGAAGUUCUACUGGCUGCCGGUGGACUUCAUAAAUUCAUGAAUUGGAACCGAUCCUUGCUCACGGACUCAGGGGGGUUCCAGAUGGUUUCUUUAAUUAAUUUAUAUUCUAACAUAUUUAGAUGGAUUUUAUCUAUGGAGAGUAAAGUAUAUAUUAUGAUGCAGUUAGAUGAUGAUGUAGAUUCUACACAUACUGAUGCAGACAGGUUUGAGGAGGCUCGACAUAGAACAGUCCGUUGGUUGGACCGAUGCAUUGUUGCGCACAAAAAACCUGACAAACAAAACCUUUUCCCAAUAGUUCAGGGAGGAUUAGACACGGAGAAAAGAAAAGAUUGUGCCGAACAGCUGACAAAGAGAAAUGUCCCUGGGUUUGCUAUCGGAGGACUCUCCGGAGGAGAGGAAAAGGAUGUAUUUUGGAGGAUUGUUAAGGUAAACAUAUUAUUAUUAUUGGCGAAAAUAUCAUUAAUUUUUUCUCGAGAAAUUCAAGGAUGGAGAGAAAUAGUUCAGUCUUGUUUUCUACGGAAUGCUGGUUUAUCUGCCUUUAAACUAGUUUAUUUAGAUUUUUUUAGGUUUGGGAGUGCUUUAGUAUUUGAGGCUCCUGGUGACUUAAACUUAAAGAAAUCUCAGUUUAGAACUGAUUUCCGUCCCAUUGAUGAAUCAUGUACAUGCUCAACCUGUACAACAUAUACCAGAGCCUAUCUUCACACAAUCGUGACAAAAGAACCGUCAGCCUGCCAUCUUAUCACAGUACACAAUGUCGCGCAUCAGCUGUCUCUCAUGGCGAAGGCACGUGCAGCAAUUAAAGAUGGCCGAUUUCCCGACUUUGUUACGGAGUUUAUGGAAGCUCUUUAUCCUUCCCGGGAGUAUCCGCAGUGGGCUGAGAAUGCCUUUAAUAGUGUUGGUAUUGAAUUGGCCGAAAAAAUAAUGUCCGCUGCGGGUGGAGAGGGGGUCCAUUAGUCAGUUGAAGAAUGGUUUUGUUUUGUUUUAUAUAAUAAAUUUUUUUAUUAUUUU